ACCAAUCGGUGGCUAGGCGAGGCGGGAUUAGAGUUACAAUUGCUUCCUACAACGCGAUGCUGCUCAUGGAUACCGAACAUCUUUCAUAUUAAACCGUAAAUCUGUAAAAGUAUCUAUUUCAAUAACGGCAGCGGGACAGCGCUGCGAUGGGUUUGCUGACGAUUUUGAAGAAGAUGAAGCAGAAGGAGCGGGAGAUGAGGCUUCUGAUGUUAGGCCUGGACAACGCGGGAAAGACGACCAUCCUGAAGAAGUUUAACGGCGAGGACAUCAGCACCAUCUCCCCGACCCUGGGCUUCAACAUCAAAACGCUGGAGCACAGGGGGUUUAAAUUGAAUAUUUGGGAUGUAGGAGGUCAGAAGUCACUGCGUUCCUACUGGAGGAACUACUUUGAGAGCACAGAUGGGCUGGUGUGGGUGGUGGACAGUGCAGACAGACUCAGACUGGAGGACUGCAGGCGGGAACUCGGUGCACUGCUGCUGGAGGAGAGGUUAGCUGGUGCGACACUGCUGGUUUUUGCCAACAAGCAGGACUUACCAGGAGCACUGUCAAAAGAGGCGAUACGAGAGGCACUGGCUCUAGGUGAGAUUAAAAGUCAUCACUGGUGCAUCAUUGGUUGCAGUGCAGUAACAGGAGAGAAUCUGUUAGCUGGGGUGGACUGGCUAUUAGACGAUAUUUCUGCGAGGAUCUUCACAGCUGACUGAAUGUGUGCUCGUGUCCCUGAUUUAAAAAAAAAAAAAAAAAAAAAAAAAA